CCGAGCGGAGCCUGGUGCACGGAGCGGGGCCACAGCCCGGUGCGGGAGCAGGGAACCGGAGGGCAGAGUCCGGCGGGAAAGGAGGGUCCGGCCGGCGGCGGUUCCAUGGCGUCCCCGCGGGCGGCGGAGCUGCGGAGCCCAGACGAGGCGGCGGCCGCGGGUGCGGGGGCUGGUGCGGCUGCGGGGGGGCCGGUGCCGGCGGGCCCGGGGCUGGCGCUGGCGCUGGGCUGCGCCCUGGGCGGCGCGGCGCUGGUGGUGCUGGCGGGGGCCGUUCCGCGGGCGGUGCGGCCCGACCCUACCGUGCCGGCGCGGCAGAUGGAGCGGCUGGAGGCUCGGGCAGCCCGGCUCCGCGCCCGCCUCGACCGCUGCACCGUGGCCGGGCUGGCGCUGCUGGCCCUGGGCGGGCUCCUGCUCGCCGCCCUGCUGCUGACCGCCGCCGCCGCCCGCCGCCGCGCCCGGGCCGCCCGCCGCACCGGUGGCACCUAUGGCUCGGUACGGCUGCGGCUGCGGAGAGUAUCAGCUGAAGGGACGCGGGCGCUGCUCGAGAGCCAGCUGAGCCCCCCACCCCAGCCCCCCGAGGGGCCCGGCUCCUAGCCGUGCGCACCCCAGGGACCCCCCGCCGCUGGCAGGAACGAGGACCCCUUGCUGCACUGCAACACCGAUACCACUGGGUGAAACUUCACCCACGCCAGCCUUCAGCCACCAUUCUCACCUCCUUGAACCUUCUUGAAUGGUGCUGUGGCCCAACAGCACCGGACUGAUGAGGCUUUGGGGUACUCCACCAGACUGCAUGGCCCUGGCCUGGGUUGUUCCCCACCACCAGCAUUGGGACAGCAUGGCCUUGGGACCUCCUGUCACCUCCGCAGCACCUUCCUGGAUGGGAUCCUGCCACCAACAUCAUGGCAUUGGCACAGUCAAGGCAGCCCAUGGGAUUUCUGUGCCACAGUCAGUUGCAGCCUGGGCUGGAUGUGAGGCUGAGCUCCUUCCCACAGCCAGGACCUGACUGCUCUUCCAAACAGUUCUGUUUCUGCCAUCAGUGACCAUUUUUAGCAAUAGUUUCCUGUAAAACUCUGGUACAGAGCUGGUGCUUGCACUACUUCAGGCAGAAGAGGAGGCAGCAAGCGUGUCCACCACUUGUGGGGUGGGGUCCAGCCCCCUGCAAUCCCCCAGCCCUCACAGCCCACCAGCUCCAUUCUGCACAGCAGGAUGAAGGCCAGGACACAUGCCUGCACUGUGCCAAGCAUCUCGUUACCACCAGCAGCCCUGAAAUGGCCUCUUCAAAAACCAUGGUGCUCCAUACAGAAGAGAGUGGAUUCUCAGUGCCUCGAGGUGACGUGGUGGCCGUGUCCCACACUGGCCUGGCAGUGCUGCUGCUGGGGUGGCCCCACACUGGCCUUUCUGCUGAUUCAAGGGCCGUUGUCUGUGGUGUGAAGGCAAAAUUGCAUUUCGGGAAUUAAACAUGAAGCGUCAUUAAAGCACA